UAGUCUUCACUACUAUACCAGAUUAUGUAUUUUAAUGUAAAAUAGAAGUGAAGCAGACUAAUUUUCAAUGCUGUUUUCCAAUUAAUAAGAUGACACAGGUACCUCUUAUUUUAUACUUUACUACAGAUAAUUCACUAUUUCAAGUUUUGGCUGAACUGUCUAUAUUUCCUUUAAUUCCAUUGGGCACUUUUUUUAGCUUAGUUCAAACUUUCCCAAAAUUUAACACGCUUUGUGAAUUAAAUCUGUAUGGUGUGAUUUGUGAAUGGUUAACAUUUGGAGGAAUGAUGAUUUGAAAUCCCAUUUUGUUAAGAAACAAUCCAAUUUCUUCUAUAGCCAUUUAUUUUUGAGAGACAUGGUCAUUUCCAUAACUUUUGCAUUACUCUAUUAUUAGACUACUAAAAAGGUAGCUUAGUUCUCAUUUGGGAUUUUUUUUGGAUGGCUUUUGAAUUGGGAAUCAACUAUAUUGUAAACAGUUCAAAACGGUACUGAGCUUAACAAAAGUAUGGACAAGGAGUUUGUACGUAAACAUAGGUGCCUGCUAGCUGUUUUGAAUCAUACUGGCAGUUUUAUUUACAUGUUAGAGGUGAAUCUAACAAUGAGGUGUUAAACUGAGCUGUAAAGGGUUUUGAGAUCACUGUAGGUAUAAAAGAUGUCAUCAGUAAAGUGCAUUUUACCCUACUGGAGAAGCUGCAAAUAAAAUAUGAAACUUCAUGUUGCAACAGAAAUAUUAACAGAAUUUUCUGUUGCACUGUAGCAUCUCUUAAGAUCUGCAUAUCAACUCUUUGUUAUAUAAUUUCCAUCUGAGUCCGUGACAGUCACAUAUUUAUUACAAGAUAUCAAAAUUUCAUGUUUAUAUGCAGCAAUCUCUCUAGUUGUAUUCUCCAGUGUGUCUAAGCUUAAAUAUAUUUGAGUGAGCUUAGAAACAAAGAAUAUAAAUCAGCCUAAGCAAAUAUUACUGUUUGAUUUAUUCUUCUGUGGUUAAUAAUGCUUUUAGAAUUCAGCUUUGUAAUUCUCUGGAAACCAAGAGUUCACCAAAGAAGAGUAUACAUAAGAGCGAUUUAGGAAAUGAUGUUGUUUGACGUUGCAAAUACUUGAGCAGUAAGUCCAUACUUGUUUUAAUGUUCCAUUCAAAGGAAGCUUUGAAAGAAAGUGGAUGAAGCUAUCACUUUAUGUGGUCAAGCAGAUACUUGCAAUUUUACCACUAAUUUUAAAGCCUGUUGCUUUGUGUUGUUAAUUUAUUUGGUUUUAGUUAACAGUCACGUGCUUGUGAAUUACUGCUAUGAGAUAGCAUCUGGGUGACCAAAUUCAGAAAGAUUAAAGUUCUCAACAGGUUUUUGCUUACUGUAGUGCUAUGAUUUAUGUGAUAAAUGUUGUGUUAAAGACUUUUUGAAUGUUAGUUCUAUGUAGUGCAGUCAAAGUUUAGAAAAAUCUAGUUAGUACACAAAGACUUGUUUUAUAUAUCCCUUCCAUUAAGCUCCAAGUGUUCCCUUAAGUAUCAAAUGGAAACAUUCCCCCGGUCAUCCUUUCUGUGGUUUAAAGGAGCUGGUUUAAAUUUAUAAAUAUAUGUCUAUGUACAUCUAUGAUUUUAGUGCAUAAAUUACAUGGAGAAGUGUGUCAUUAGGUAUAUCUUCUGUCACCAGGUGGAUGCCUCUGGCAGUGUGUUGUAUAGACCACAAAACAGACUGCAUGGAUGAGCUGAAAAUACAGAAGACUGCUUUUAUUAUUUAUUGUGUGUGUUUCUGGAAAAACCUCUAAUGCAAUUGUUUUUUAAAUCUGUAAAAAACAGUAGUAUCUGAUUGUCUCACCUGUGGUAAAUAUAAAAUAAUUUAGCCUUCAUGAUUCAGAGUUCUUAAGAAAAUGGCUGCUUGAAUUUAGGAAGAAUUGAUGCAAAAAACUGCUACAUAUUUACAUAGUACUGCUUAUGUUGUUAUAAGUGUGUUGUAACUCUCAGUUGUUAGAAUAGCUUUUUUCUUUUUUUGUGUGUGUGUUUUGUUUAUGGUUUUGUUUUGUUUUGUUUUUUAAAUGACUGUGAUACUAAAAUCUGUUUUCUAGCUAUAAGGAAGCUUACCAUACUUCAGGGGCCAGAUUUUCAGUGAAGCAGCAGUGCUGUGUGUCAUGCUACAUAAGGCCAUCCAAGGGCACUAUAUGUUGACUUUUAAAAGAUAAUAUACUUUAGUGUUAUGAGAGGUGCAAACUGGUAAAAGAUUAUAUGAUCAGAUUCUUCCCUGUUUUCAAAGAUUAUUUAAAGAGGACAAAUGUCCCUAGACUGUGACAUUAUCUGAUUGCAGCUUUUCUUUGAUACUGGGAGCAUUAACUAUUGUAGCUGCUUCAAUCUGAAGAGUAAAGCAAAUGCAAACUCAAAGGAGUGACAGUCAUAAAGAUUUUUGCCCUAAAAAUUCCAUGAUCACAGCUGAUAGGAUUACAUUCCUAGGUUAAAAUUCUCUUGAAUGAUGAUACAUUUUUUCAGUGAUGUCUUAAGUUCUCACAGAUGGUGUAGUAAAUACUGAAUCCUACAAAAUGCAAGGGAGAAGUGCACAGAUUUAUACUAAUACCUGUUUAUUUUCUUGCUUUUUCUCUGUAUUCUGAGCAAUAAUGUGUGAAGUAUCCAUUCUUGGUGUCACGGAACACUUUUUUUGUUUUAGUCUUAAUUUUCAUUAUGAUCCUCCAAACUUUUCUAUGUAUUUUGUUUUCAGACACAUGCUACAACAGUAGUGAUUUGUAACGUGUUUUUUCCCCAAGGAACUCAUGUUGCUGAGCUAACUGAAGAAAAUGCAAGGGAUCUUUUCUCACACCUUUGUGUGAGUUAAAAUUAGCAUAAUUUGUAUCAUUCACCUGUUUGUGAGAAUGGCAAAUCAUACAUCAGUGAGUGAAUGAAAUUAAACAGGUGCAGACUUAGAAGCAGAAACUAAUACCACAUUGGCAAACACACAGCUUCGUGUUGUAGUUAUAUGAUGCUUCCCUGCUGCUACUGUAUGAUGUCAGUAAAAUUAAAUACCAUAUGUGUUUUGUCACCAUCUAUUCUUGAAUUUUUUAAGUGAAGAAAGAUCUUUCAUAAAACUUAAUUUUUAAAGUAAGUUUCUUUUGAAAUCUAAUGAGAAAUGUUAAAUCCAUGUCAUUCUCAUGUUCACAGAUGAAUUCAGUGAACACUUUUAUUUGAAGACAGGGCAGCGAUCCACUACUAAUAAAUUUGUACUAUGGUUUACAUUUGCUGUAUAAGACCCUGAUGAAUAAAUGUAAUGCAGACGUGAAGAGAAUUGAUAUGAUUCUUUUGAGUGUUACUGGAUCAUCUCCUACAGAAAUAGACAGGAGGCUCAACCACAGAGCCCUGCUAAGACUUAGUGAUCUUAGUGUCCAUUUCUGGCCUGUGCUUUAAAACUUUUAGAAAUCCUUCAGCCAAUUUCUUGGGUACAUAAUAUCUGUGAAUACCUCAAACACUUUGAUCUACUUGUGCAGGAAGGUUAAGAGAGGACCUAUUCAUAGAUAGGUGUGCAGAGGCGGACUUGGAUUUUUCAGCCUAACAUUACACUGUCCCAUGGUCAGGAGUGGAAGCUAAAACAGGAUGAAAUGCAUUAGUUUUUAACGAUGAGAGUACUUAAGAUUUCUAUGAUUUAUCAUGAUUCUUGCUACCCCCCAAAUGCUUGAGUUAAUAUAAUACAAAUAAAAUUAUCUUGAUUCUGAACUACCAUACUGUGGUCUCGGACCUAAAGAACACAGGUUACCUCCAUAUGUGCUGAAAUAUCAUGGAAGGUACUAGACAUGACUUCUGACUACACAUUCUUUUUAAUUUUUUUUUUCUUCACCUCAGCUAAUUCUAUAAAGAAUUGUUAUGUGAAUUAAAUUAGUUACAUUAUUGUUGGUUUGGGAAGCAAAGCUUCCUUAUUAACUGUCUAUUGGUCUGGUUAACUGCAGAGGUAAUUUUUUUCUUUGGAGCAUACAGUGGAUGUGUCCAAAGUUAAUUUGCAUUUUAGAGUACCUUUCUGCUUCAGUUUAAUGCUACUCACUUCACAUCAAAAGAGACGAGGUUAAGGAGAUUCUUUAACUUGGAGGAAGCUGUUAAAAAAAUUGGGGGAAUUGGGGGGAUUCUUAUUAGCCUUUUCAAACUGUGGUGACCUUUCAGGACUGUUUCAGAAAUGCUUCAACCAUAAAUCAUACUGUCAUGAAAGAGCUACUGGUCUUCCAGCCCUGAUGAAUGAUUGAGUAUUGUUAUGGUGUGAUACCCUGCUGAGCAAUAUUUUGGUUAAUUCAUCUGGAAUUUGAUUAUGGCACUGCUAAUUUGAUUCUGUAUACAAAUAAACCUCGUGUAUGGGAAUAUAAGCUAAAGAUUACUUUUAUUUUCUAGUGGCAUUGGGGAUUUAUGUCAAUAACUAAGAUCAUUCUUCUUAUAAUCAUUAUUCAUCAAUAAAACAUUGCUAGUGGUGCCUGCUUCUCUGGUGUGUGUAAUGCCCAGAUUUUUCCCCAUGUCUUGUCUUCCUGAAUCAGUGCAAGAAAGUUGGGGUACUCUGGUACUAACACCAGAAAAAUUACUGCAGUCCCAGUGCUGCUCCUUCUACAAUCCUUCCUACUCCUGAAUGUGGUGUUCAUUGGUAACCUUGUCAGUUCCAGGACCUCUUCAACUAGAGAUUUCAGUUUGGCUGAAAGAAGGGUUCCCUUCUGUCAAAUGCUGCUGCUGUUCAAAAUUCUUGUUAUUUAACCUCAGCUUUCUACAGAUGUUUUUAAGAUCACAGGAAGCACGUGUCUUCAAAGGAAGAAACUAAGGUGGAAAAGUAGUCACAAGAAGUGCGUGCUGUAGCUUGUUCACUUUCUUUUUUAAGAGCAGAUGGGUAUAGGAGCUCAUUGUCCACUGUUUUUUGGUCAGUAUUUUGUGUACUUAUCUGUUUGCUUUCAAAGCAAUACUGUACGUUCCUUUGAUCUCUAUUUUUGCUUUUUACUGCUUAUCUGCUACACUGACAGCCAGACUUUUAGACCUUUAACUCUACCAUCCUCUCCACUCACUACCAUGAUUUGAGCCGUUUGUCCCUAACGUUUUAAGGAAAAUAAGCUUCUUUGUUUCCCAAAAGAAAGAUGAAACAACUCUGAGAACAAGGAUGUAGAAUUGCUUAUAGAUAUAUAUGCCUGUGGAGAUAAUUAGAUGUUCUAACAGCUGUGAUGAGCAAGGAUCGCUGAGGAUCCUUGGUGUCCCACAUUCCUGGUUCUCAUGCCUUCUCUGGUAUAUGCUCACAGUCCGUUUUCAAUGUGUGGCCAUGUCCUAGGGAGUAGGAAUUCAUCUAGAGAUGCUAAGAUGCCAUGAUCAGAAGAACUUUUUUUUUUUUCUCCAUGGUAAGACAUAAAAUGUCCAUCUCCUUUCUACUCAGGUGCCUAUACUUAAUUCAUUCUUUCUGUCUGGACUAGUGCUAUUGGUGACAGUUUAUAUUUUGUCUGGGACUAACUUGUUCAUUUUGCUGAGUAAGAGCCCUUAGGGAAGUAUGGGGCAAGGAGGAAAGCCACUUUCUCUAUACGACAAACUUUCUGUGCGUUCUAGACACAAAAAAAGGAGUAAUUUCUGAUGGGAUUUGAGUGAUGCUUGACCAGGAUCUGGUUCUUUAGCUCAAGGAUGCUGCAGGAAUGACAAAUUGUCGCUGCUGGGGACCGGUCUUGUAGUUUGUACACAGUUCUCAACCUAGGUAACUUGCUUGUCACUUCAGGGCAGCAAAACCUCUUCCUCCACUUAGCAAAGAGAGGUUUAUUCAGGAAUGUCCUGAUGUUGCAUCUGUGCAUGGCUCACAAGGUAAUGGACCUAUGUUGGGUUUAUAAGGAAGCCUGCUGGCCUGUCAAAUGAGAAGUUGACAAAUGUGUGUCCUAACUGCUGAGAUUUCUGUCUUCCCAAUGGAGUGGAUGCAUCUGCUAGAACUUAAACAGUGGUUCUCUGCACAACAUGCAGGGAUGCUCUGAAUAACAAGGUUAAUCUUGCCAUUUAACUACACCACAGUUAGAUUGGGUUUUGUUUGUUUGUUGUAAUGUUUGAUUUCUGACCUAUGUCUGACUUGCAUCAGCUCACAAGCUCUGAAUCAUUUUAUAGCUUUGUUCACUGAAUAAAAGAACUGUCCUGCCAAAACUAUCUUUGUAUAGAUGGCUGCAGCCAUAUCACUUCUGUUCACCUUUUAGUCCUUAUUUCCCUUAUCAGAUAUAAGGGCAUAUAAAAUGUCUUUUCGCCUGCUUUUACGUAACUGUAAAAACUCAGAUGAAGUCUGUUUUACCCAUUUUAAUCUAUGACACAUUGGUAAUUUACAGAGUUUAGCAACUCUGAUAACCUGAUUUUGAAUGUUCUGUGAGAGUUUUUGACAGUUUUCUGUAUCAGACAUAAUGUUAAUAAAUUCAGGGAGCUAGCUGUCUUAUUUCUCUGCUGAACAGAAGUUCCAUUUGUGAAGAUUAUGAAUGUUAGUUUUAAGUGACAGUCAGCCAAUAUAGCUCCAGUUCUUCCUUGUAGGCUUUUUAUCAUAUUCCUUCCUGUUGAUUUUGUUUUUAGAGUGCCUGAAUUUUCAUAAUUUGAUUUAAAUUGUUCAUAUGUCCCAUUGCAGCAUGUAACAUAAGACAUAAAUAGAAAAAAAAAAAUCCACUAGUAUGUUGUGAUACAUUGGACAUGCUUCCUGCAUCAGAAGUCAAUGGAUGAUGUUGAGAUCUGUUUGUUCAAUUGGAAAAGCAGAUUACUCUUUACAUCAGUAGAAAUGGACAGCAGCAGUUUCAUUCAGUUUGAUGUGCCUGAGUACAGCAACACUGUUCUGAGCCAGUUAAACGAACUCCGCCUGCAAGGAAAGCUAUGUGAUAUAAUUGUGCAUAUUCAGGGUCAGCCAUUUCGAGCCCAUAAAGCUGUCCUAGCUGCCAGUUCUCCGUAUUUCCGUGACCAUUCAGCAUUAAGCACCAUGAGUGGCUUAUCAAUAUCAGUUAUUAAAAAUCCCAAUGUUUUUGAACAGUUGCUUUCUUUUUGUUACACUGGAAGGAUGUCCUUACAGCUGAAGGAUGUUGUUAGUUUUCUGACUGCAGCUAGCUUUCUACAGAUGCAGUGCGUCAUUGAUAAAUGCACACAGAUACUGGAGAGUAUUCAUUCAAAGAUAAGUGUUGGUGAUGUUGACUCUGUCACUGUUGGUGCUGAAGAAAAUUCAGAAAAUCGCAACGGAGUUAAAGACAGCAGCUACUUUGCCAAUCCUAUUGAGAUAUCUCCCCCCUAUUGCUCUCAGGUGCGACAGUCAACAUCAAGCAGCGAUCUUAGGAUGGAAACUACUCCAGGCAAAACUCUACGUAGUCGUCUGCAAGAAGAAGGGCAUUCAGAUCGAGGAAGCAGCGGGAGUAUCUCUGAAUAUGAGAUUCAGAUUGAAGGUGAUCAUGAGCAAGGAGACCUGAUAGUAAGGGAAAGUCAGAUUGCAGAGGUGAAAGUUAAAAUGGAGAAAUCUGACAGGCCAAGUUGCUCUGAUAGCUCUUCCCUUGGUGAUGAUGGAUAUCAUACCGAAAUGGUGGAUGGAGAGCAAGUGGUGGCAGUAAAUGUUGGUUCCUAUGGGUCUGUCUUACAACAUGUUUAUUCGUUUACCCAUGCUUCAUCACAGGCUACAGGUGUGUCUGAAACCUUUGGAAGCCUGAGCAAUACAAGUCCUUCAAGGUCAAUGCUGAGCUGUUUCAGAGGGGGUCGUGCACGCCAAAAACGGGUAUCCACUGGUCACUUGCAUAGUGAUGUUCAGGGCUUGGUGCAAGGGGCUGACAGUGAAUCCAUGGUGAGUAACCCAGGAUAUGAAAACAGUCCACGGGAAAGAAAUACAAGAGGUCAUUGGUAUCCAUACAAUGAGAGGCUAAUUUGCAUUUACUGUGGAAAGUCUUUCAACCAGAAAGGGAGCCUUGAUCGUCACAUGCGAUUGCACAUGGGAAUAACUCCUUUCGUGUGCAAGUUUUGUGGGAAGAAAUAUACCCGCAAGGACCAACUUGAGUAUCAUAUUCGUGGUCACACAGAUGACAAGCCCUUUCGCUGUGAGAUCUGUGGAAAAUGUUUUCCUUUCCAGGGUACACUCAACCAGCACUUGCGAAAAAACCACCCUGGGGUAACAGAAGUAAGAAACAGGGUAGAGUCUCCAGACAGAACAGAAGCGUUUGUGGAACAGAAAGUAGAUAACGAUGCUUCAGCUUCUGAAACUAUGGAUUCUAGUAUGGAAAUUCAUGCAAUGUCUAACACAUCUGAUUAAAAUAUUACAUUCUAAGUGCAACACAAACGAGCACAUUAAUAAUGUAAUUUUUAAAUCUUUUAUUCUUUUAAUAAUCUUCAGUACAAGUAUAACAGCCUUUUAAUUUUCCUGACCAUGUGGAAAUCAGUUUGAAAUGGUUUCUGGAGAAGGCUACAGAAAUAUUCUUUGUUUUUGAAGGAGGCUGGGUUGUUGUUUCUUUUUUACUUUUGAAGAUGUGCAAAAUAUAAAAGACAGUGUGCUGGGGAAAGGAAGAGUCUUCUAAAGCGUCCCUACUGGUUGAUCUGUCAAGAUACAAGUUCCAGUGGAGAAAGAUAUUAGAAUAAGAUUGGCAGCUCUGCUGGAUACACCAAGAAGCUGUACUCUCCCUUAUUUUGUCUCUUAAAUCCUGUGCUGGUAAUGAGUUACACAGCAGUGGGGAGAGAGAAUAUUAUAGCUUGGAUUCCUUCUGUGUGUCAUGAUGAAAUCUGUUUGCUUUUACUAACUUUUUGGUAGUUAGUCUGUUAUAUAUAUAAAUUUGCUUUAUAUAUAUAAAAUGCUUUCACUUUUCCUAUUCUGGUUGAGGUGAACGUCAAGGUUUAUACCAUGUACCACUCUUUCAAUUGCUAGGUCUCCUCUCUGCUUAGGAUUUAGGACUUUGGACUUUGGGAGGAUGGUUUUGGUUUUAAAAGAAUGUUGUUUGGUUUUCAUUUUAUUAAACUAUUACUUUUGUGCAAAAAUGAGCAAAGUGAAUUACCUUGUUUUAAUAGCUUUGCUUUAUAACAUAUGUAAACCAAAUGCCAUAAAUCUAUUAAAUUAUGGUUGAAUUGUUGAGGGGUUUUGUUGGUUGUCUAGAAUGCAAGCUGGACAACCUGUGGUGCUGACCUUUUUAUAUAUAUAGAGAUAGAUAUAUCUAUAUAUAUAUAUAGAUAUAUAUAUAUAUAUAAAAUUAGCAAACCUAAAAGUAGCAUUGUGGUUUUAAAUGUGUUUUUACUGGCCUCAGAAUCUACCUUCAUUUCGUACUGUAGAACCAUACCAGGUAAUUAAAUUUAACUUCAUCACUCUUUAUGGUUGAUUAAAACCUGAGAGAGAUGUUGUAGUUUAAACUACAGUAUUUCCAAGCAGUGUUUUAAUAGGUCUCUUCAAAGAGAGCUGUUUUCAGGUGCACAUUGACUUCCUACUUAAACCUCCAAGUGAUAUGUCAGCACUUGGAAUUUGUACUUUUUUUUGUAUUAAAAAAAAAAAAAAACCAACAAAAAAAAAAAAACCAAAACAAACUCUAUGGGAAUUUCAAGCAAUAUGUCUGUUAUUUCAUGUGUGAGUAUUACAGAGUUGCUAUGGCUUCCCUACUAUUUUCAGUGGUUGUUUUCUGCAUAAAGGAACUACCAACAACUUUAAAAAUACUCUAAAUCUUUUUGUUUCACCAAAUGUUUUUUUUUUGUUUUUUUUUUUUUAAUAUGGUGCUAACUUCAUCAUUUAGGUCAGUAUAAUAUAUAAAAUGUGAAACAUAAUGGUAACAGUUAAGCAAAAACAAACAAACAAAAAAAAACAAACCCUAAACCAACAACAAACAAAAAAUAAAACCCACCCUAAACAAACAAACCACAACAAAAAAACCCAAUAGCUUAAGAGACCUCAAAAGCAUGAACUGGCAAACACUACUGUAAAAUUCUACCUGAUGAACAGAAUUAAAUUAAUCACAUGCUUCUUUAAAAUACAGGCUUUUCUAUAAUUGGGCCUUAUGUUUAUCAAAUAUUGAAAAUACAUCUGUGAACAUGCUGUUUAACUCCUGAAAUUUAUAAAAGAAAAGCUUGUUCCUAAAUUACAGGAAAGCAAAAAGGUAGGUUUGCUGUCUUGUAAAGCUUUUUUGGCUCCUGUGAAGUUGGGGCAUAUUUGUGCUGUAGCUUUAUUGCAUACACUAGUUAUUACUAUUGUGACAGUCUGCAGUAAGAAUUAAUUUCACUAAAUACAGAUUUACAGUAUAAACCCCACCUGUUCCAUUGGAGCAGUUUCAGUUAAAUUGAGUACACAGUUUGCCUCUUUGUCCUAAAACUGCCUAGAUAAAGAGGCAGAGGGUGGGGAGAUGUUUCUUUCCUUGAAGCAACAAUAGAACUGUUGUUUCCAGUAAGGGAAAGCAUAUGUCUGUGUCUAGGGAAGGUAGUCUAUAUGUUUACCCACUUAAAAACAUGUUGGUGUUUUUUCUGAUACUGUUUUUUUCCUAAAUGUUUGUUUUAAGUAAUUAAAUGCAAAAAAAAAAAAAAAAAAAAAAGUGUUUUGAUAAAUUAAGUUUGAGACCUGCAAAAUCCAAGAAAUGUACAGUUAUUCUUAACCCUUUAUCUUGGGCCUGUGCUGUGGUGCCUUUGGUGUGACUUUUUCCAUGGAAGCAUGAGUUGAGGAUAGCAGGAUAUGGGUACUAAUUUUAUAUUUCUUGAAUUUCUCUGUGUCACAAUCUUAACAUUAUUUAAAUCUAGUUCUUUGUAUUUGUAAAUGUAUUAAAAUGGUUUGAGUUUACCAAAGAGUGACUUAUCCAAAAUUGUCUCUGACAAAAACAAACAAAAAAACCAACAUCACUUUGAUUGUACAGGUUCAGGUUCAGAACAUUGUAACGGGACUGUUAAGGGGCAGGAAAUGAUAACUUUUUCUACAGAAUCAUGAUUGAGCAGUUUCCAAGUUCUACUUGCUCCUAUUCGUGUUGAUAUGCCAUUUACCCUUUCCACUGCUAGCAGUGUUAAUAAUUAUCAAGCCAUAACACAGUACUGUAAAGUUCGGCAGUGCUUCAAAGGAUGCAUACAUAGGUGAGCAUAAAACGUCAUCAGGCAUUACAUUUACACUUACAAAGUGUGUGACUCUGGUAGAAAACGAACUUCAAACCUGGCAACAGCAAUUAAAUUGUGCCUUGUCACAUAAUGGUAUGCCAGGAUUAACAUUGUCAUGAAACAUGAAGCAUUAUCUGAUUGAAGUUCAUUUCACAAGUCCACCAAAACAGAGUAUGCUGUGUUAUUUUAAGCAAAUUAUGGAAGUACUGUACAGUGGUUUGUGUCUGUACAGUUUUAAGUUAGCACAGAGCUGUUACACAUUUCAUUUACAAUAAAUGCAGAAGUCAAUAAAAUGUGUGAAGAAAUAUUUGACAGCAAAAUCAUGAAAUUAUAUAGGCUGGUUCAUAAUUGAGUCUCUUCUUAAUCUACCUUUUUAAUUAUAGACAAAUGUGAAAACAGUGACAGUGUCCUUUCCUCUAUAUGUUUAACCUAUUAUGACAAACUGUGAAAAUAAAGGAUUUUAUACCUUUGCUAAUGUUUGUGGUUUUAAACAGUUAUUUUCGUUUUGUUAAUCAGUUAUCUUCCAUAUUAUUUCUUUUAAACUUGUAAAUACAUUUAGAAAGUAGCUUUGUAAAUACAGUAUAUUAAAAGUUCGGUUUGGUCAAUAAGGCCUCAAGAUUGGCUCUGCUUUUUUAGCGUGAAAUCCUUCAGUAGCAUAAAGGAUACUGUCAAUUCACUGUUUCAGCAGAAUAUACUGUAGGCCUAAAUUGAUAGUUCUUAAUGCAGUCUUCCCAAGCAUAAAAUCACUUUUUUAUGCUGAAGCCUUUGCUUUACUUUCAGACAAAACAAUGAGGCCUCUUAAUAUGUUUAGGCUGAAUUAUGGGAAGAACAGCAGGAAUAAAAUCAAGGGCUGGGAAAAGAUUGAAUGAGCUUUACCUUUAAAAAAAAAAAAUAUAUAUAUAUAUAUAUCUUAUUUGAAUUUUUGUAUUAGUUUACUGUGAUUCUUUUAUUGUAAUUUUUCUAAACAGGUUUCACAUGAAACCAUGAAAGGGACUCAAAUAUGCAACACCUAAUCUAUUUUCCAAGGGAAUUUUACCCUUGAAUGGUGCUUUUUGACUGGUCAGGGUUAUUUAUUAAAUUUUAUAUUUGAAAGUAUUUGGGGAAUUAUGUAAAUUCUUUAUAUGAAUCUGUUUAUUUCAUGAAUUGUAAAUUUCAUAAUACUCAGUUACUGAAUUGGAAGUUUAGUAAAGUCAUUCAAAAUGUUCAAAGUUUAUAAUCUGUGUGCAUUUUACAUAUAUUUUAACAAGUGCCAGAAUAGUUGUAUUUAAUAUUGUAGAUUUAAUACUACUUGCACAUCCCUGUGACAGCAUUAACUUAAGUUAUACAAGUUUACAUUUAAAAAAAAAAUAAAGCUAAACAAACAAGUAAGCCUGGGACAUGUGUUCCUGUAUUUCUUCAGGGGAUGUGAAGCUAAGUAUCAGUAACUGAGCAGGUUUGCUUCUCGUUUAUGUAAGUAACUCCUGCUAUGGUAGAUACAAUAAACUGCUGUCUCUCCCAUUUACAUAUGCUAUGAAUUCAGCCUUUGGACUUGCAUUGCAAGCCUCUGGUUGUGUAUCUGAUUAGAGGUAGAGCUCUUGCACGAUAUUAACAGUGUUUGUUUCUGACUGAAAAAUUGUAUUUUUAAAUAACUUUUAUUUGUAUGGUUGUUUUUCAUGAUAAAUAAUUGAACAGUUUGAAUGACUUGACCUGGUGUCAUUUUCUUGCAAUAUAAACCGGUAACCUCACAACUCCACACUUCAUCACCAUAUGAAGUAAAUGAAGCUAGCUAAGCUGAUGCUGUAACAAUUAAUAACUUACCAUUAAUGAUUAUUUUAUAGCAUGAAUUUUAAAAUAUUUAUUCAAAUGAUAUUUUACUCUUGUAUUCACUUUGGUUUUAGAUUUGUGACAUGAAUAUUUCAGUGCUGUUUUAUUUUGUUCUGAUGAAUUUGUUUCUUGCUUGUAAAUUGCUUUUUUUAUGGUAUAAAGUCAAUGGGAAUUGCUGUUUGUAAAUUAAAAUGCUUCUAGAGCAAA